UGUUUCAUUUGUGUUAUUCGGUAUUCGUCGGUCGUGCGAGUUCAAGUUAGAUUUCUGUUCGAAAGAAAGCGUAUUCUUUAUUGUGUUUUAUGCAUAUUACUCACUCCUAAGUCUUAAAUGGUUUACUAUGUUUACAAAAACGGAGUCCCAAAAAAAACAACUAUACAUUUGAUGUAUUAAAUCGACGAUAACAUUAGGGUGGACCUAUGUACAUAUGACGCAGACAUUUGGGGUGCCGUUUAUACAGAAAAAUCACGAACCUAAUACAUUAUAAUGAAUGUUGUGUCCAGAUCCAGCCUUUGGCGAUUGGCUAAAGAAGAGAAAGAGAAGGCGAAUAAGUCGCUAGCUUCGGAUGAUAUAGAACAUGAGUCUAGUUUUACAAAUGAAUCAAAUAGUUCUGCUCAAGAAUCAAGAGGUGAAUCUCAGAGUCAACCCAAAAAAACGAUCAGUUCGAACAAAAAUAACAUUCUGACACAGAAUCAAUUCGAUCAAAUCGUUCAAACUCUCAGCUCUGAAAAUAAAAAUGUGUCUCGACUGGAGCGGAGAAUUGAAAAAAUUGAGUCCCAGCUUUCGACGAUGGUAGAACAAAAUAGCAAAAUAUUGACGACAAUUAAAAAAAUUGCGGAAAAAUUUCAAACCUCGCUGCCAAAGCCUGAGUUUCCUAUAAAAACCAUUGAAGAACUUGAUGAAAUAGAAGCAAAAGUAGCGGCAAACCCGGAAAAAUAUGUUGAACUGUUCCGAACCAUCCUUUCCCCCGAGGGCGUGAAAAAGCACUUGAAUAGAAUAUUAGCAACAUCGAUUCUCAUGAAUAUGAAUUAUUCAGGAACGUGUUCCAAAACGGGACUGAAUUCGUACGUGAGCUUAAACAUGUCUUUAUAUGAGUCACAAAAAAGGGAUGGGUAUACAUUCGGUGACUACGGAAAGGAGGUUCGGGCGGCCUUCGCAAAGUUGAAAAAUAGAGUAUACAAAGCCACAACGUUAUCCAAAAAAAUACGUAAAGCGACCGAGAAUUGAGCCAUUCAUGUUGACUUCAACUACAAAAUAGAUUUCUCACCUGAUGUAAUUCAGUUACUUUUCUCUAAGCUUUUAUAUGUAUUUUUUUUAGUUCCGCAGGUUAAGAUAAAUUUGUUUAAGUCAAUCCAAAUGUUAAUUUUCCAGAAAUAUUAAAAUAACAUGUUACACCUUAAUAAAUCCGAAUGCUUU